CUUUCGUUGAAAAGAAUGAACAUCACGCUCUCAUUUAUUCUGUUCUGUAAUAUAAUAGUCCUUGACUGUAGAGAGAAAGAUCUAAUAAUUAGUUUUCCCCCUUUAACCAUUCUAGAUUAUAAAAAAAUUCUUCUUAAACUCUUUCAGUUAUCCGCCUCAACUAAUUUAAGAGAUGAAACUUCUACGGGAACUGGCUGUGCGGGACUACACAUUUCGAUCAUGGAGGAAGACCACGCAUACGACACGCUUAGCUCUGGCUCUGAGAGUGGUAUGAUGGAUGACUCAGAUAUUGCCAAUCCAGAACCUGACGCAGUGACCUAUACGCAAUCUCCAUCCAAAGUUCCAAAGAGCCCAGCAAGGACUCUCUCCAAACGUGUGCGUACAGUAAGUACGUCUUCAACCAGUGACCGAGUGGUACAGACAGCGACUCGUACACUUUACACUGCUGGUCGACCACCAUGGUAUAACUCACAAGGACAACUGAAAGAAGCAUUUGUUAUUGGGUUGUGUGGUGGUAGUGCUUGUGGAAAAACUACUGUUGCUAAUAAAAUCAUUGAAGCAUUGAAAGUUCCAUGGGUCAGCGUGCUUAGCAUGGAUUCAUUCUAUAAGGUUUUAAAUGAAGAAGAAAUUGCCCUGGCUGCCAACAAUGAAUACAAUUUUGACCAUCCUGAUGCCUUUGACUUCGAUUUACUUUUCCAAACAUUGAAGAGGUUAAAGAAAGGCAAAAUAGUUGAGGUUCCAGUUUACAACUUCACCACUCAUGCCAGAGAAAAACAAACAAAAACUCUGUAUGGUGCCAAUGUAGUGGUGUUUGAAGGGAUCAUGGCGUUUGUAAAUAAGAAAAUUCGGGAUAUACUGGACAUGAAAAUAUUUGUAGAUACUGAUUCUGAUGAAUGUCUUGCCAGACGCCUAAGAAGGGAUAUAGCUGAACGAGGACGCGAUCUUCAUGGCAUUCUGAAGAUGUACAACAAAUUUGUGAAACCUUCCUUUGAUUAUUACAUCGCUCCAACCAUGAGUUAUGCUGACAUUAUUGUUCCACAUGGUGGUCAGAAUAGUGUUGCCAUUAAUCUGAUUGUUCUUCAUGUCCAUAAAGAAUUACAGAAGCAUGGGUUUAAACUGAGGUCAAAGUUAGCAACUUCAGCUAUGGCAGGUCAACCAAUGCCAGACAAUCUUCAUGUUCUGGAAAUGUCACCUCAAGUCCAAGGUCUUCAUACAUUUAUUAGGAACUGCUACACACCCAGGAGCGAGUUCAUCUUCUAUUCCAAACGGUUGCUAAGAAUGCUUUUUGAGCUUGCCUUAUCCAUGUUGCCUUUUAGGACGAUAACUGUUGAAACUGCUCAGAGCAUUCUUUAUGAAGGCAAAAGACUCGACACAAAAAAGAUAUGUGGAGUUUCAAUUUUGCGUGCUGGCGAGACUAUGGAAUCAGCUCUUGGAGAAGUUUGCAAAGAUGUUGUGAUUGGAAAGAUUUUGAUACAGACCAACUUUGACACAGGAGAACCUGAACUCCAUUACCAACGUCUGCCUCGAGACAUCCAAGACUGCCAUGUCAUGUUAAUGGAUGCCACUGUUGCAACCGGUGCUGCUGCUAUGAUGGCCAUCCGAGUGUUGUUGGAUCAUGAUGUCCCAGAAGAAAACAUAACACUGCUGUCUCUGUUGAUGGCUGUUUCAGGUGUUCAUUCCAUUGCAUAUGCAUUCCCCAAGGUGAAAAUAGUGACAACAGCUGUUGAUAAAGAAGUUAAUGAAAAGUUUCACAUAUUACCAGGUCUUGGUAAUUUUGGUGACCGAUAUUUUGGUACCAGCAGUUCAGCUAUGGUUGCUGGUUAAUCUACGAUUAUAACUUGAAAAAAAUAAUUUGGAUGGUAGUAUAUUUUCGUUGGUGCUACAUUUUGGUUGGUACCAUGCUUUGGUGCAAUGCAAAUCCUUCACCGGAUUUUCUAUUUUCCAUAAGAAUUUGACAGUUUAUGUUAUUGUGUCAAGAAAAAUUAUACUAUAUAGAACUGCAUGAUGCAUGUCAAAAGAACAGAAUGAUUAUGUAACGUAUGUGUGGGUGUGCAUUGUAAUAUGCAUGUGUGUGUGUGUAUAUAUAUAUAUAUAAAAUAUGAAUGUGUGUGUGUUCACUUGACCAGUGUAACAAACUGUUACUAUCUUGCUUCUCGCACAAAGACUGUACAUAUUUGCCAGGGUUUAAGAGCUAUUCUUCAAAAUAACCUAUUACUGGAAAUUGAAAUAAAUGUCAAUGCUAUGUUAUUUAGGGCACUACUGUAAAACCAAAAGUCUAUUUGUCAUCAGGAUGGCAAGUAUAUUAAGACCUGUUUCUGACUUCUGACCCAUUCCUCAGUUUUGUAUCUUAAAAAAAUAUCCAUUUUCUUUAUAAUUAAAAACUUAUACAGGUAAUAUAUACAUAAAUAUAUAUAAAAUUUUACACAGUACAGCUGUAAAUUAUAAACUAAAGAAUGUUUAUUGCUCUGAAAUUUAGUCAAAGCCAAUUCUGUUUUGUUUAUGUACUUCUAAUGCUUCCAAGAAAGGCAUAAAUGUUACACAAUCUCUUUCUAUCUCCUCUAAAUGUGUAGCCCUUUGACCAAAAUAAGAAGUUGUCCAGUUUUGGAUUGUUUGUAAAUGUUUUUGUGAGAAGAAAGAUUUUGUUUUGAUCAUCAACUAUUAAAUUAUAUACAUUUAAUAUACUGGAAAUUAUAUGUACAUAAUGAAUAGGGAAUUAUCCACAGCUAAUAUAUAUAUGGAAUUGUAUACAGGUAAUAUAUAAGGGAAUUUAUAUACAUGUCAUAUGUAGUAUGUUAUGCAAGCAUCAUUUAUAUGUUGAGAGAGUUCAUGCAAUUGUAUGUUCUGUCACAAAAAUGUUAUUGGAGGUGAGUGAUCACAGUGAAACUUUUGUUCAUCUCAGGGGAGCAGAGAACCUCUUUUUUAUUGACUUCAAUUUGGGGCAUAUUGUAUUGUAGCAAAAUGACAAAUGUAUUUCCUUAAAGCUCUCCUUAUUUGCUGUUGUUGCAUUAAAGAUUUUGUCGAUUGUUAGUGUUGUUAGUUGCUGUUCUGAUAGCAGUUACGGGAUUCCUGACAUUUUACAUUUUUACAAUAGUUGGAAGUCAGUUCAACAUGCAAUACUAGUUCAAGAUGUCUGUGAGUUCUUUCAAUUCCAUCAUCUUUCAGUUAAUCUUCAGACAGUAUUUCCAUUAUCUGUAUUUCUAUACUGUUAACAUUGAACAACAACUUGAGUUGUUCUGAAGGGGUUUGGGAAGUAAAUUCCAAAAAGGGAGAUGUUUGUUUAAUUCAAGACUUCCUGCUUUUUUCUCUUUUGAGUUCAGCAUUGUUUGUGCUACCUCUAAUUAGCCAAUGAGUUGUGGAUAAGUUCUGCAACGGACAAUCAUCAUCAUAGUUACCACUUUAUGUCCAAUUUUCCAUACUGGCAUGGGUUAGAGAAGUGUAGCUGUGUAGAGAAGUGUAGCUGUGUUUUGUAGUUGGAGACCCUUCUUUGCACCAACUCUUGUAGUCAUCUCUAUAUUCUGGGGCAUAUUGUACAACUGAGAUACACCAUUACAAUUAAACUCAUACUGCUCAGGAUAUUCUUAUUCUAUCAGUGUAUAAAUAUUUCAUAUAUUUUGAGCAUUAAUUUAUUAAUUUGCCUUCUUGGUUGUGAGUCACGUCCUUAUGUAAUAACUUCAUUGUCCCACAUUAAACAAUGUAUGUGUGUAUACACACAUGAUGGCUAUACACUCAUGAUCAAAGAAGAUCAUCAUUGACCAUUGAGAAAACUGUGCACUCAGACAGAAUUUUACUUUACAUAUGCAGCUUUGCUGGCGACUAAUGAUUCCAGUUCUUGAUAGACAUAUAUACCUGUGAUCAUGUUCAGGUUUUUGUCAUGAAAUUGGAAUACAAAACUUCCCCCAUUCUCCUCACCUUAGUUCAGCAUGCAUAGUGUGUGUUUGUUAAAAAAUUUCUACUCUUUCCUCCACUCAUUUCCUCUGUUGGUGGCAAUGAUAAACAUUACUUGCCUAAUUGACCUCCCCAUAUUUUACAUGCCUUCAAUGAGGACUUUAUACAAUCCUUAAACCAUAGGCUUGGUUUCUGCUGGGAGUGUUUUCCACAAACGAGUUCACCUAUAGUAUUUGCUUAGAAAUCCUCUGAUCACUCAUUUGAACAAAGUGUCCAGUCCAGUGUAAUCGGUGCCUGAGCACCAUCAUCUCGAUGUUCAGGCUGUCAACUCCCCUGAAGAGCUCAUGUGUCUGGAGACCACCUGAACCAGCCAAUGUUAAGAAUGUGUCUCAGACAUCUCUGAUGGAAGCAUUCAAGGAUCCUUACAUGAUACCUGUAAAGGGUUUGUGUCUCACAAGAGUAGUGAUGUCAGCUCACAUUCAUGAUACACAACAACUAUUGUUUGCCUUGUGAUUCUAUGUUGGUACCAAACACGAGACUCAAGAGCCCUGAAGGAAUCAGUUGCCUUCUGAAACUUUAAAGAUAUUUCAUCAUCCAAGGAGCAAUAAUGUCUGAGUGUGCUGUAUGUACACUUGUCUGCCACUUUCAGUAUUGUUCCUUCAACGAAGAUAAAUGGUCUCACAUAUGACUUUUCUGGUGCAGGUGGGAACAUUAUAACAGUCUUGUCUGAGGUAAUACUGAAUCCAAAUGCCUUUCAAGAUGCAGAAAUAUGAUCUAUGAGAAUUUGCAUAUCUUUAGCCGUAUGGGCAACUAAUUUGCAAUCAUCUGCAUAAAGGUCAUGAAUAAAAGACUGAAUACCUUUCAAAUAGGCAGUAAAUUGAUGCAAGUUGAAGAGAUGAUUAGAAAUUCAGUCUCUCAUAUAUAUCUUAGAGGAGCAAUCCACAGCAAAAGCAUGACUGAGAGUAGCAGCAAAAUAUAAAGGAAAAGAGUGUUGGGGCAAAUAUAUAUAUAGUAAAGAGUCUUGUUGAAGAGAUUUUUCCCCAUGUGGUGAGUUGUAAGAAAAAUUAUAACAAAAGAAGGAAAAUGCACACAAUUUAUAUAUUUUUUAUAUAUCUUAUAAAGUAGAAUAUUUAUAUAGUCUACUAGUUUCAUGUUUUGUUAAUCACAACUGGGAAAUUGGUGAAAACAUUGCAAAUUCAUAGUAUCUUAAGACGUUUUUAGUUCAUGUUGUUUUCAUGAGUCCUUGUAAAUGAACCACCAUGUAAAUAAAUCUAAGGGAAGGUAAUUGGUGAUUGUUAAUUAUUCGAGACAGGGGAGGUAAUUGCACUUUUUGCAGCGUACACUUUUGGGAGAUUAAAUUUACAGUGAUUAUAUUAUGAAGUUAAAAAUUGAUGAGUUGAAGUAAUGAAAUAAAAUAUAUACAAAGUUGGUUAUGCGUUCAUGAAUUAAAAUAUUCACGAAAUCCAGAAUUGGUUAUAUGUUCAUAUUCAGGUGUGGUUUGUAUUUUUUAAUAAAUAUAUUCUCUUUAUUUACCGUAUUUUGUGGCAUAUAAGAUGCACCAGCAUAUAGGACACACCUUAAAAUUAACAUGGAGUAUGUAAUUAACAUGGAAAAUGUAAUUAUAUGUAAGAGGAAUUUAUGGCUUUUUUCCAUAGGAUGAAUGGACACAUGCAGUGUCACAAUAGGGGACAGGGUCCACAUAAACGGUUAGCCAGUGCAAGGGUUAGUCUAAGUAAGGCUUAGGACAAACAGCCAAAAUAAGGGUUAGUGACAUGCUUAGUGGCAUGGUGGAGGUCACAGAAGUGGUGUGGUCUGAACAGUUUAUAUUGUUUGCUACCCAAAACAAAAAUUGUACAGCGACUGGUUACUGCUUAAUUCACACCUGUAUACCUUGGAAAAGUACUGGGUAUUAUGUAAGUUUUCCUAUGGCUUCACUGAUUUAUCAUUGCAUCAGUUUUGUGAAACAUUUAAAAUAUUUCAGAAUAUCCUAGUACGCCCUGUGCCCUCAGUGCUUGGCCCAAGGCUGACUUUGUCGUAGUGCAUGUCAUUUACUCACUAAACCAUAUCUUUUAUUACUGUUAAGUUCCUUUACGUUGUCUCUUAUGUAUUUUAAAAGGCUUGGCACACAUUUUUUGGCCUUACCCUCAAUGAAGAUGAAUAAAAUUACGGUUAGGUGAAUUUUGUAGGGCCUGCUUCAGCGAUAGGCCUGAGACUGAGUUCAGUCCAUGUCUGCUGUGAAACCUUAUAUUUAAGGUUAUUUGUGUACCAGAACAUCAGUGAACACAGAUUACGGUAUCUGUACUGUAUUAUUGGGUAGAGUGCCAGGAUGCAACAACGAAUUGUUUUGAAUGUUUGAUUGUGAGCCAUACCUUUACUGUCUGUCAAUGUCUUGACUCUGAUAUGGCCGUGACCUCAGCUUCAUUGUUCAUUACUUUAUUUUCUGAUAUUUACCGUACCACUUUCAUAAUUUUUUUUAUCUAUUUUUUUUAUAUUGUUAACUUUCUUCAUUACUGCCACUAUUUGUAAAAUGAAAACCUUCCUGGUUGUGUUUCUACUGCAAGUGUUUGCAAUGAAUGCCAGGUAAUGCAAUGGCCAAAGCUUCAUCUGCACAGUUCGUUAUUUUUUUGCACUGAUAUUUAUCAAACAUCUUUUAUCAGUGUUUGUUAUAUUUUAAUUUUUUUUAUAUUAACAUUCUUUGCUAUUGCUACUUUAUUUGUAAGAAGAAAUCUUAUCAAAACCCGCCAGUACAUAAUAACCAAAAUAUUAAGAUACAAUAAACUCAUUAGUAAUGUUUGACCCCACUUCAAAUCCUAAAAGGUUAUGACUGCUGUCAUUCUCAUUCAGUUCCUGGCUGUCAUUUUCCUUAAGUUCCUGGAAUUCAUCAGCUUCCUUGCAUUCCUCAGAGGAGUUGUUGUUUUCUGAAUCAGAUGUGUCAUUAUUGUUAUAUAAAAAAAAUCAUCUUCAGUGCCAUCUAGGGUUCUGCUGAUACCACAUUUUUUGAAAUCGUUUAUAAUUCUUUCAGUUUUUUACUGCUUCCCGCGAAUUUUUCACCCAGUGGGCUACCUAGGAAAAUGUAGGCUUCUUCAUACAGCCUGCUGGUGUCAGUUCAUGUUGCAGGACCUGCAUCCAGUUAUCCCACUCCUCUCUCAUGUGUCCCUUGAAAGACUUGUUUAUCUAGGGGUUGUAAUUGGAAAGUCAAUCCACCAGGUAUGACAGCUAGUUCUGUGUUGAAGUUCUUUGCUCUCCUUACUGUACUCUCAGUUGCAUGUGCAUGAAAUUGGUCCCAAACUAGAAGGGAUGGUGUUUUGCAUAAAGUACCAGGACACCUUGACCAUACUUUUUCUAACGAUAACUUUAUAUCAUUUUGGUCCAUCCACCCUUUAGGGUGGACGUGAAGAACAACUCCUGAUGGAAAAUGUUCCUUUGAAAGUGUUUUUCUUUUAAAUAUUAAAAGUGGUGGUAGUUUCAUGCCAUCUGCGCAAUAUGCCAAUAUUAUGGUGUGUUGUAUUUUUCAUGUCCUGUUUUAAUAGUAACUGUUUUACUACCUUUAGCAUCUAUAGUCCUGUUUGAGGGAAUAUCAGAUAUCAGUAGCACCUUGUCCAUAUUUGCAAUAUGACACAGCUCGUAGUUGCUAUGUUGUCUUGCAUCUAUCACAGGUCGGUGAAAUUCCAGUAUCUUCUUUCCAUAUUCUGGCAUUUUCUGCACUAUCCUUGUUUUCAUACACAAAACCAAUCCGUUUCUUUUCAUGAAACGAAAAGACCGGCUUGCACAGCUACUGAAAUCAUAAUCACCUCUUGCAGCUGCCGUAACUUCAGCUUGAAAAAUUAUGGCUUUGGUUGACACAACUAUACCUUUGUUCUGGUUAUCUGUAACCCAGGUUUUCAACUCAUUUUGAAGCUCAGGUCAUUUGCAUUUGGUUUCCACAGGUCAUGGCUUCCAUUUUUCAGCCUGUUGUUGUUCAUCCUCCUAUUUUCUCUACAACCGUACCAUUUUAUCCAUUGGACGUGGUCCAAAAUGUCUAGCAGCCACUCUGUUACUGUGUUUCUUGGCAUAUGCUAUCACUUGCAAUUUGUAGCCAAUAGUGUAACUAUGCCUUUUCUUGUGACUACAUUCUAUUAGAGUAUUGAUGUUUUGAAAAUUUUAAGAAGUGAAUAUUAGUAACAUAAAGUGGGGCAAAAUGUAUUGUUAUACACUAUUACCAUACAGUAAUCUAGAAAUAUGUUUGUUCACUUCACUGAAUGAUAAUAUUUGUCCCAUUAUAUGUUACUGAUAUUUACGAUAAUUCUGAUUGAACAGAUAGGGAAUAGCAAUGUGCUACUCCAAGGAGAUCCGUGUUCAAAGUGGUAAUAUUGUCAGUUUUGGUUGGCUGCUCACUGCAACUGCGCAUAUGCUUUGUCAGUGCCAGACUCAGUCGGUACUACCAAAACAAAGAAUGUCCAUGAGAUGGUUACAACGGAGAGACAAUUGUUCUGUUUUGUUUGUGUUUGAUAGAAUUGAAGUGUUUUGUGCUUCAUUGAAGAUUUGUUAUAUUUAUACGAUACUGUUACUUGUUGAACAGGAAAUAUAGCAAUGGUUACUGAUUGGAAAUCUAUAAACACCUAUGAUAACAAAUGGUUUGCCUCUCCACAGCCAGUAGUUUGAUGAAUUAUCACAGUCACAUAUGGAACGUUCCAUGUUUAACCUAUUAUGGCAUUCUGGUAGGUUCAUAAUUUAUCAUCAGUUUGUAUGGUUUUGGCUAAGCAUUUCAUGGAAGAAAUACCUUCAGAAGUUGAACUCACAACUUUAGUUUUAUCAAGGUUGCAUUAGAUAUUGAUGUUAUUCACAUUGCUAAUUAGAGCUGCUGAGCUCUGUUCCUUUAAGCAAGGCAUGCAUCUGCAGAAGUUUCCAGAUAUUUCAAAGUAAUUACUGAUAUUAAAUUACAGUUGUUUAACAAAAUAUGGCAAUACUUUCAGUUCUGAAGCUGAAUUUCUUCGAGAAGCCAGAACGAAAACUUGUUAUUUAUACCACAUAUCAUACUGAAAGCACUCAUACUCCAUUAGUAAUCAUCCUAACCCUCUUUGUCUGUUUUGGUAUAUAUAUAUAUUUUGAGUACAUAAUGUCAUUUCCUCUAUGUUAUGAUGUUCUCUCGAAGUAAUGGUUUCAUUCUAUAGAGUAAUUUUAUUUCUUCUUUUGAAAUAACACUCUGUAAAUAUUUUGACUCUCUACUUGGUUGGUGUCUGCUUGCAUAUGUCACUAUUUUCAUUCUCUUUAAGCUGUUCUUUUAUUUUCCCAUUUCUUAAAUCCAUUUGCAGUUUACUCAUUGCUGAAUGCUAACCUCUCAGUCUCCUAUUUGUAAUGUGACUAUAGCUUAAAUAAGAACCAAGAAGGUACAAAUUUAUGUCUUUUACUUAUACCUAUUGUCCUGAGAUUUGGUAAGAAAUCUUGAUAUUCACUCCAGAAUUUGACUAGGUGAGGCCAUGACAGUAGAAUUGCUUCUUUGAUCAGAAGAAUUUGGUUCCAAAUUAGUUACCAAUUUUGAUGAUAAUGUUUCCUCUGUAGCAAAUUAACUAAUAAUUCUAUUAUUUAGAUUAUGAAUUAGUUUAUUAUAUUCAAUAAUAAUUAGCCUAAUUAUAAUAGUGAACAACUAAGAUCUUCUCCUUGUGCUAGGUUAGUCCAUACAGUCAGUGAUUUGCAAAGUAAUUGAAUAGUUAAAGGACAUCGAUAUUAUGUUUAAAACAUUCCUAAGUAACAUGUUUACAGCAACUAUAAACAUUUUUUGGUGAAUAACUUAUUUAACACUUUGAAGUAAGUGACUGCAUAACUGAGUAAUGAUGAAUCCAAGGAAGGAUUUGGGUAAUAAUUUCAAACUAAUACAUAUUUGAAUGAAUUAGAUACUAGACUGCUAAAAUAAAUAUAUAGCAACAGCAAUAUCAAUUAUAAUUCUUGUAUUGCUACUUCUAUUAUUAUAUAAUAGAGAUAUCCAUUAAUCUUAUGAGACCGUGGUUCUGUGCUUGGAAAGUCUCGCUUUGGUCUCAUUGGCAGAACACUGUCUGCUGUGACUAUAUAUACCAUUGUGUAUAUAGUCUUGGCUGCAGUGACUGCACUUGAAGGUGCAUUCUGCUAGUCUUGUUUUGGUGUUGUUUUUCCAUCAAAUUUGCUUUUCUUCAUUAGUAAACUUCAACUUCAAUCUCUCCUCUGCCCUUUUUAAACUUGUGUCCAAUUCCAUCUCUAGUAGGAACCAUCACCAGCAAUGUCCUUCCACUUUUUCCCUAUUUGUGGAAAGAGAUUUCACGUGACUCUUGCAGACAUCUUUGAAACAAAGACAUUGUCCUUGUGUUCUUAUGCCAGAAGCCAGUUCACCGUACAAAAAGGUCUUUUGGGAUCUUUCUUUUGGAUAUCUGGUGUAUAUGGCCCAACCAGUGGAGGUGUCCUUGUUUUGGUAGGAUGAGGUGGCUGAGUAUCUGCCAGAAUUUAAUUGGUAACUCAGUUUGUCCUUGUGAUGUUCUUGAAUUCAUCUUGGGCUGUGUAGACUGUCACUCCAGUCUGCAAUAGAUGUCCUUUGUGCUUUGUGUCUUUUGUAGGCACAGUCUGCUUGGUUCCUCUUGCUAGAUUCCACCUUGCUCUCUAGUCUUGUCUAAACCUUUUUCCUGUCAGAAAAGGGUACAAUCAGUCCUGUAGGUUCCUGUUUCUGCAAAGCAUGUCUUUUGUAGUGAUGCAAUGUUCACUUGAAGUUUUAGCAGUUUGUGGUUAAUCACUGCAGUCUUUUGUAUAUCAUUUGUCUUCGGGAGAUUAUCUCAUAGUCCAGUAGUCAUGGUAUUUACAUUCUAGCAUCCUAACCUGGAUGAUGGUUUCUUCUUUUGCCUUCAUGUCAUGCAUGUUGCAGGCAGGUUCUAUUUCUAAACUCCAUGCAUUCAGUGAGGCAGGUGGACUGGUAGGACAGCACCUAAUUACUUCCAUUUGUUAUAGAAUGAAGGGCAUGAAAAAACAUAUUUUGCUAUAAUAUGGGACCAUAAUUUUCACAAAAAAAUGUUUAAGAAAUAAGAGCAUCUAGUCAUUAAUUUAAAUAGUCAUAUUGUUUCUUUUUAAAUUUAUAUUAUUGUGAACAGAGUAAAAAAAAAUGUAAAAAUUACAUUUACAUUUAGAGGUCUUGUUGGUUGUCCUUCCUGGCAAUGGGAAGCACAAA